CGUCUGGUAAUUCCCUGAAAAUUCAGAUUAGUACUCUGGGAUAAGCGAGGUCAUCAAUAUUUUGAUGAUGGUGGGAGAUAACUUAAUACCGGUUCAACACUGUUAAGAGACAUUCAGACCAUAGACAUUGAGGCAUAGCAGGAAUUUGUUGAGUUUGUGUUCAGUGGCGAAGCUUAUCUCUUUUGAUAAUGGGGACUACAUCAAGGUCCAUCUUGAUAUUUAUACAAGCUGCUGUUUUAACAUGCAGCGUUCUUGCCGCCCCUCCUAUUUCCUCUACUGAGAGCUUUGUCUUUGUAUCACCAGAAGUACCGAAAAGUACAAAUGUUUCACAAAAUGCUGAGCAACCAAAGGUUCCUAAAAUCCCGAAGAUAUAUUCAAUGAGAGUUGACACGAACGUCACAAAUCGUUUUGCAAAAACUCUAGUCACCAGUAAAUUUAAGAACCUAGAUGAGAAAUCUCAAGAAGCUAUUUUCGCUGUAGUUCUACCAGAAAGCGCUUAUAUUUCUGGGUUUAUCAUGGAGAUAGAUGGCAAAAAGUAUGAGGCUUAUAUCAAGGAGAAAGAAGAAGCCAAGAAGAUUUAUGAUAACGCCGUUUCUAGUGGAAUUGCAGCUGGUCAUGUUGAAGCCAACGCAAGAGAUUCUAAUAGGUUUACUGUCUCCGUUAACAUUGAACCUCAAAGUAAGGCUAUAUUCUACUUAACUUAUGAAGAACUCCUAAGAAGGCAAAAUAGUGCUUACGAUAUCGUUGUCAACUUACACCCUGGUCAUCCUGUUAAAAAUUUAGAAGUUCAAGUCAAUAUUAACGAAUCCAGACCAUUGUCUUUCGUUAGAGCUCCAUCCAUGAGAUCUGGAAAUGAGAUAGCCAAGAAUGAUGAAAAACGCGAUCCAAAGGCCACCAUUAAGAAUAUUGAUAUAAACAGCGCUGUGGUGACAUUCAAACCAGACCUGGAAUUCCAGAAAGAACUAGGACAAAACCUUGGAAGCAAAGAAGGAACAGGCUUGGCUGGACAGUUCGUUGUUCAAUAUGACGUAGAAAGAGACCCACAAGGUGGGGAAGUAUUAGUUUCUGAUGGUUAUUUCGUGCAUUUCUUUGCUCCCAGCAGUUUGAAACCAUUGGAAAAACACGUGGUGUUCGUUUUGGAUACCAGUGGUAGUAUGACUGGAACAAGGAUAAGUCAGCUUAAACAAGCUAUUAAGAGCAUUCUUGGACAACUCGGGGACAAAGAUCUUUUCAACAUAAUCGAUUUUAACUCUGUAGUCAAUGUUUGGAAUGUAUCAAAGGUUGAGAUACAAUAUGUGGAAGGAGAUAGUUAUAACUACUACUAUGACGAGAUUUCCACAACACCAAAAAAUAAGAUAACUCAGAAUAUACCGGGGGCUUUCCAAGUAGAACCAACUAAUAUCGAAAAAGCCAAGGAAGUUAUAGAAAAACUAGAUGCAAAUGGAGGAACAGACAUAAAAUCUUCACUGGUUGUAGCUCUUCAACUCCUCAAUGAAACAAAGGCACAAAGAGGUGAAAGCAAGCAACCAAUUGUUAUAUUUUUAACUGACGGUGAAGCAACUGUUGGAGAAUACGGGGAUCAAGCAAUCAAUUCUAUCACUUCUGCUAACGUAGAUGAGGUACCAAUAUUCUCCCUCUCUUUUGGUGAUGGUGCCGACAGAGAUUUCCUAGAGAAGUUGUCCUUGAAGAACCAAGGAUUCGCUAGACACAUAUACGAGGGUGCAGAUGCUUCUCUUCAACUAGAAGAAUUCUACAAAUAUGUUUCAUCCCCACUACUCACCAAAGUCAAUUUCAAAUACGUCUCCAAGGCUGUUUCUAAACUCACCAAAACCAAAUUUCCAAUCAUGUUCGAUGGAUCUGAAAUUGUAAUCGCAGGUCAAAUUGAUCCUGAUUUCAGCAGACCACCAAGGGAACAGUUGAAUAGCAAGUCCACAACAGAAACUCCUAUUAAAAUCGACGACGAUGGUCUCACCAACGCCAACUACACUGGUAAUCCAGAUGAUUUCGUCAUGGAAACCACUACAGAACCCCUAAUCAUGAUUGACGAAGGUGGUCUCAUAGACCCAUAUUACAACUUUGAUCCUGAGGUUAUUGCUUUGGGUGCCGAUGGUGCAGUAGACUUGAUACCCAAGUAUGCAAAAUCAGUAGGAAGUUUGGAAAAACACUGGGCUUAUCUCACUCUUAAACAGCUUUUGGAUGAAAGAGAUGCAGCUGAAAACAAGACUCAGUACACGAAAAAGGCUUUAGAUAUUGCUCUUAAGUACUCAUUUGUGACACCUGUGAGUUCUUUGGUUGUUGUAAAACCGAAUGACACUAAGAGCGAAGCAGUUCCAGAAGAUGCUUCCAAAAGUCAAGACAACUUCCCAUCAUAUGCCUUCGCUUCAGCUUCAGUUCCUGGUUCCGUGCAAUACAUGUCAGUUAUUCCAUUAUCGUUAGGUGAAAGCAAUCAAGCCUUCGCUGAUUACGAUUCAGUAAACAGUUAUGCAGCUCUGUCAACUCCAUUCGUGGAUAGAAUCUUCACAACAAAAUCUCAGACUACAGCGCUUGGAGCAGGAUUUUCUUCAUUUAACAGCCCUGCCAAUGAAACUGAAUCUUUAGCAUUACUCAAAUCAAAGCUACCUUGGUUGAAAGACAUUUUGGAAGAAGAUGAAACUUUGAAUCUGCCCAACGGAACUUUCAAAUUGGGUUCAUCAGCUAAUGUUAAUGCAACAUUGGAAUGUUCAACAAAUAAAACAACAGGAGUCUGUACUUUGAUCAAGGAUUGCCCACAGUUGUUCGAUGUAUUGACAGAUGUCAAUAUUUACAAGGAUUAUUUCUGUUCUUUGACAGAAUACGCUGGAGUUUGCUGUCCAAAAAAGCAGGAAACAACCCCCUAAUUUAUUUUAGAGAAUCUAUUUUGUAAAUACUUUACCUAGUUCCAGAAUAUUUAUGAUAUUAGAAGAGUAGAAUAGGCUUAAAAUGAAUUCAUUUUACGAUGUUCUGAAAUAUACAAUUUUGUGAUAUGUGAGACUUCAAUAGCUUGUUUUGAUAUCAUUUUUAUAUGAAUAAAAAACAAUUUUUAUAA